CGCCCCCCCUGCCCCCAGCCCGCUGUAAUGGAUGCCGCCGCUGGUGCCGAGUUUGUAGUUGAGAGCCCCGACGUGGUCUACAGCCCCGAGGCCAUCGAGGCGCAGUACGAGUACCGGACGACGCGCGUUAGCCGCGAGGGUGGCGUUCUCAAGGUGCACCCCACGUCCACGCGCUUCACUUUCCGGACGGCCCGGCAGGUGCCCCGCCUCGGGGUCAUGCUAGUCGGCUGGGGCGGCAACAACGGCUCCACGCUGACCGCCGCCGUUCUGGCCAACCGGUUGCGCCUGUCCUGGCCCACGCGCACUGGCCUCAAGGAGGCCAACUACUAUGGCUCGCUGACGCAAGCGGGCACCGUGAGCCUGGGCCUGGACGCCGAGGGCCAGGAGGUGCACGUGCCCUUCCGCGCGCUGCUACCCAUGGUGGCGCCCGAUGACCUGGUGUUUGACGGCUGGGACAUCUCGUCGCUGAACCUGGCCCAGGCGAUGCGGCGCGCGCAAGUGCUGGACUGGGGGUUGCAGGAGCAGCUGUGGCCACACAUGGAGGCCAUGCGCCCUCGCCCCUCAGUCUACAUCCCGGAGUUCAUCGCAGCCAACCAGGGUGCGCGCGCAGACAACCUCAUCCCGGGCACGCGUGCGCAGCAGCUGGAGCAGAUCCGCAAGGACAUCCGAGACUUUUGGUCCAGCAAUGGGCUGGACAAGGUCAUUGUGCUGUGGACAGCAAACACUGAGCGUUUCUGCGACGUGGUCCCAGGUUGCAAUGACACGGCAGAGAACCUGCUUCGAACCAUUGAGGUGGGUGGGGAGGUGUCCCCAUCCACGCUUUUUGCUGUGGCCAGCAUUCUGGAGGGCUGUGCUUUCCUCAAUGGAUCCCCGCAGAACACACUAGUGCCAGGGGCACUGGAACUGGCAUGGCAGCACCAUGUCUUCGUGGGCGGGGAUGACUUCAAGACUGGCCAGACUAAGGUUAAGUCAGUCCUCGUGGACUUCCUCAUUGGCUCAGGACUUAAGACCAUGUCCAUCGUGAGCUACAACCACCUGGGCAACAAUGACGGGCAGAACCUGUCGGCGCCAUCCCAGUUCCGCUCCAAGGAGGUGUCCAAGAGUAACGUGGUGGAUGACAUGGUGCUCAGCAACCCAGUGCUCUAUGCACCUGGGGAGGAGCCAGAUCACUGUGUGGUGAUCAAGUACGUGCCGUAUGUGGGUGACAGCAAACGUGCACUGGACGAGUACACAUCUGAGCUGAUGCUGGGCGGCACCAACACGCUGGUGUUGCACAACACGUGCGAGGACUCACUGCUGGCUGCACCCAUCAUGCUGGACCUGGUGCUGCUGACUGAGCUGUGUCAGCGUGUGAGCUUCCAGACGGACGCUGACCCGGAGCCGCAGGGCUUCCACUCUGUUCUGGCGCUGCUCAGCUUCCUAUUCAAGGCCCCGCUUGUGCCCCCAGGCAGCCCGGUGGUCAACGCACUCUUCCGACAGCGCAGCUGCAUUGAGAACAUCUUCAGGGCCUGCCUGGGGUUGCCACCACAGAACCACAUGCUGCUGGAGCACAAGAUGGAACGGCCAGACCCUGCACUAAAGCGCAUUGGACCUGAGGUUUGCCCUGUGUCAUGCAACAAAGGAGCAGCACCCACUGCCCCCAACGGCUGCACUGGUGAUUCCAAAGGGCAUCUGCAGGCUGAGGCGCCACAGCCAACCACCACCUGA